AUGCGAUGUGCAAUAUUAUUGUCGCUUCUUGUUAUAAGUCAGGGUUUAUCUUCUGCUGCUCCCAGAUCUUCUUCCGAAGGAGUGAGUGGAGUGAGUUAUUGUUGUCUUGCUUCUAACUUCUCAUUUUGUUUUCGGUCUUCUCUCAAGUUAUGUGAUACUUGGUGGUUGUCAACUUUGGUUCUGGUUGGUAAUGGUUAUCACUGGGGAAGCUACGGUGGCCUUCCAUUUGGGCUUUCGAGUGUUACUGAGUUUGCAAUGGGUGUCAUCUCUAGGAAGAUCUUCCCAGCAUGUGGGAACAUGUGUGUUUGCUGUCCUGCUUUGAGGUCAAGAUCACGCCAACCGGUCAAAAGAUACAGGAAACUGCUGGCUGAUAUAUUCCCUAAGUCCCCUGAUGAGCCUCCAAGUGACAGGAAGAUAAUCAAAUUAUGUGAAUAUGCUGCAAGAAACCCUUUCCGGAUUCCAAAGAUAGCCAAAUAUCUUGAAGAAAGGUGCUCCAGAGAACUCAAAUCUGAGCACAUCAAACUGGUCACUAUUAUAAUGGAAUGCUUCAACAAGUUGCUUUUCAUUUGUAAGGUGCAGAUAGCUUAUUUCGCUGUUGAUGUGCUUAAUGUAACAUCGGAGCUCUUGAGCUAUUCUAAGGAUGAGACCAUCCAGACACUUGGUUGCCAGUGCUUAUCAAGGUUCAUAUACUGUCAGGUGGAUGCUACUUAUACUCAUAACAUUGAAAAGUUGGUGCGGAAAGUAUGCAUGCUAUCACGGGAACAUGGGGAAGCAAGUGAAAAGCGCUGCUUGAGGGCAUCAAGCUUGCAGUGCCUUUCAGCAAUGGUUUGGUUUAUGGCUGAAUUUUCACACAUUUUUGCAGAUUUUGAUGAGAUUGUUCAUGCCACUUUAGAUAACUUUGAGUGGAGUAGACAGAACGAAGAUGCCAAUGUCAGGGCAGAGGCACAUCAUAAUUGGGUGGAUGAGGUUAUACGGUGUGAAGGUCGGGGUGGUUCUGUUAUUGGCACUAAUGACAAUCGCUCUACUUGCUUGAUCAUACAGCCACGACCAGAGAUAAAGGAUCCUUCCCUUUUGACUAGAGAAGAAAUUGAAAAACCAGAAAUAUGGGCUCAGAUUUGUAUUCAAAGAAUGGUUGAAUUAGCCAAGGAAAGCACAACUAUGCGUCGAGUGCUGGAUCCAAUGUUUCUCUACUUUGACUUUAGACAACACUGGGCACCUCAGAAAGGUUUAGCAAUGAUAGUUUUAUCCAGGAUGGCCUACUUCAUGGAGAACUCAGGGAAUCAACGCCUAAUUCUAGCGUCUGUGAUACAUCAUCUGGACCACAAAAAUGUGAUGAAUGAUCCUCAACUUAAGACUUGCGUUGUCCAGGUUUCCACAUCUUUAGCUAUGCAAAUUAGAUCUGGGAGGGGCUUGGGGGAGAUUGGUUUUGUUGGCGACCUUUGCAGACAUCUUAGGAAAAGCCUUCAAGCUUCCAGUGAAUUUGUUGGGGAGCAAGAGUUGAACCUAAAUAUCUCACUUCAAAAUUCCAUUGAGGACUGCUUACUAGAAAUUGCCAACGGGGUCAUUGAUGUCCAGCCACUUUUUGACUUGAUGGCGAUAACCCUAGAAAAUGUUUCAUCUGGUGUUGUUGGUAGAGCAACCAUUGGAUCUUUGAUCAUCCUUGCUCGUGCAGUCACUUCAGCUUUAACUCGAUUACAUUCACAGCAGGGAUUUCCCGAAGCUCUUCUUGUGCAACUCCUAAAAGUAAUGUUGCAUUCAGAUGUGGAGGCUCGUGUUGGAGCACACCUUAUAUUUUGCAUUCUUCUUUUUCCAAGUUCCUUCCAUACUCAUGAAAUCUCCUCUCUGCGGUUGAGAUAUCUAGAUCAACACAACAAAAGACAUUCUCAUACUGAAUCUGUGUCAGCAUCUGCUUCGAUUACAGCUUUACUUGAAAAGCUACGCAGAAAUAGAGAUAGUACCAAGACAGAAAAUCAAGGAAAUACUGUUCAUGAUGGUUGCCAGGAAAGGGAUAUUGUGGCAGAAGACUGGAAGCAGGGAUGUGGCUUAAAGAAUUCCCCUAACUUUUACAAACUCAGUUCUAUCAUUGAUAGAGCUACAGGAUCGCCAAGUCUGACUGACACAGAACCAUAUGUUAUGAAACUAACUGAAGAUCAAAUGGCGCAACUGCUUUCUGCGUUUUGGGUUCAAGCCAAUCUUCCUGAUAAUUUACCUUCAAAUAUUGAAGCUAUAGCUCAUUCGUUCAUAUUGACACUAAUAGUUUUACGCAUAAAGAACCUGAAAGACAGAGACAACCUGGUGAUCCGCUUUUUCCAGCUUCCCUUAUCUCUCUGGACCAUGUUGUUGGACCAAAGUAAUGGAAUGAUGCCCCCAGCUUGUCAGAGAUCUGUAUUUGUGCUGUCUGCUGGCAUGUUGGUAUUUGCCUGCAAAAUAUAUCAGAUUCAUGAUUUGAAUGAAGUGUUUGCGUCAUUGCCAAUGUCUGAUGUUGAUCCUUUCUUGAGUAUCGGUGACGAUUAUCAAGUAUAUGCUAAGAUCAAUGUGGAUGUUAGAGAAUAUGGUACUGCUGCUGAUAAUCAGUCAGCCUGUUCAAUAUUGACAGAGUUACAGAACAAAAUACGUGAAUGUCACCAGACCAUAAAGGAUGCUUUGGUUCAUAGUUUAACUACUGUCACUGAGCUGGAUGCAGAUGAACUGGCUAUGCUAUUGUCAGAGACAUUCAAGCCUGAUGAAGAAUUUGUGUUUGGUCCACAGUCAAUGCUUGAUCAGAAUCAAAUAAUUUUUCAUUCCCAGGAGUCACUGUCAUUUGAUGGGGAUUUUCCAUCAAAUUCAGCAGGAGAAGAUGACACAAUCAGUGAAGCAUCUGUCUCUGACCUUUCUCGAUUUAUUCCAAAGAUGCCUGUAUCCCCUUCCGCUCCUCAUGUUAUCAGCAUUGGACAACUUAUGGAAUCGGCUUUAGAGGUAGCUGGUCAAGUGGCGGGAACAGCUGUCUCCACUUCGCCCCUUCCAUACAACACCAUGGCUAGCCAGUGUGAAUCACUUGGGACAUGUGCAAGGAAGAAGCUUUCAAAUUGGCUUGCCUUUGAGAAUCAUUACAUCCAAGCAGCUGAUAAAUCGUUUCUGGCAAUUGCUGAUAUUAGGAACUCAGCACUUGAUAAGGUAGGAAAUGGUGGUGGGUUUUCCCACUUGUCAAGUGACCCCAUGAGGCUGCCUCCUGCUAGCCCCUUUGACAAUUUCCUCAAGGCUGCUGGGUGUUAG